GGGGCGGUGGGGGAGCUUUUCGAGGCAGAUGAGUCUCCUUUGAAUGCUCCUCGAUUGCCUUCUGUAAUUAGUUUUAGACCCAAUCAAAGCAUCCAAUACAAACACAACAGACGCAAAGAAGGAAAGUUACGGAAGGAAAGAUAACCCAGCAAAAUCGAAUAAUCGAACGAGACAAAGUUUAAGGCAGCAGAAGAAAGGAGGUGGGAGAAAGGUCUUUCAACUGUACGGCAGCCGAACAACAAACCUCCGGACUCCGGAGUGGAAGUAGUUUAGCCUUUCCUUCAUUGGCUGCUUCAUCUCUCUUCUCUGAAAAGUUCACGGACACGGGUUAUCAGGGAUCAUAACUAUUAAAAAGAUCUCAUAUGUAAUUGUUCUUUUCUUUUCUUGUACUUUUUUUUUUUCAUCUCAAAUUGAUAAGCAGAAAGUGGGUGAAGCGGGAAUCGGACAAGCUCUCAAAUGGCGAAGGAGUACAGUGGAUCUCCUAAGCUUCAUCAGCUUGAAUCAAAGAGGAAGCGUCUCACAUGGGUGUUAGGCGUCAGUGGCCUCUGCGUGUUGUUCUAUGUUUUGGGAGCUUGGCAGAAUACGACUUCCCCGCCGUCCAACCGAUCUGAGGUUUACAACAGAGUCGGAUGCGAUGUUGGUUCCACAGCAGCUGGCAAAACCCAUUCGUCCAUGCUCCCAUCGUCAUCGUCAUCGUCAUCAUCAUCUUCCACCACCUCUCUCGACUUCAUGGCCCAUCACCAGGUGGAGAUCAACGAUACCGGCAGCAGUACCCAGGAAUUCCCAGCUUGCGACAUGUCCUACAGUGAGUACACUCCCUGUCAAGAUCCGAGGAGAGCAAGGAAAUUCGAUAGGAACUUGCUGAUAUACAGAGAGCGGCAUUGCCCCACCAAAGACGAACAACUACUCUGCUUGAUACCUGCUCCACCCAAGUAUAAGAACCCUUUCAAAUGGCCGCAGAGUAGGGACUACGCCUGGUAUGAUAACAUCCCCCACAGAGAGCUCAGCAUUGAAAAGGCCGUACAGAACUGGAUCCAAGUCGAGGGCGAUAGGUUCAGGUUCCCCGGUGGAGGUACGAUGUUCCCGCGAGGAGCUGAUGCUUAUAUCGACGACUUAAACGAGCUCAUCCCCCUGACAAGUGGAACAAUCAGGACCGCCAUCGAUACAGGCUGUGGAGUUGCAAGCUGGGGUGCUUACCUGCUUAAGAGGGACAUCCUGACAAUGUCGUUUGCACCAAGAGAUACACAUGAGGCACAGGUGCAGUUUGCACUGGAACGAGGAGUUCCAGCCAUGAUUGGCGUCAUGGCAUCCCAGCGUAUCCCUUACCCUGCAAGAGCUUUUGAUAUGGCCCAUUGUUCACGCUGCUUGAUUCCCUGGCAUAAAUAUGAUGGGCUUUAUCUAAUUGAGGUGGACAGAGUUCUGAGGCCUGGUGGCUACUGGAUUCUAUCUGGUCCCCCUAUUCGCUGGAAGAAAUACUGGAGAGGGUGGGAGAGAACCCAAGAAGAUCUUAAACAAGAACAAGAUGCAAUUGAGGAUGUUGCGAAGCAACUUUGUUGGAAUAAAUUGAUAGAGAAGGACGAUCUGGCUAUUUGGCAAAAACCCAUCAACCAUAUCGAGUGUGUUAAGAGCAAGAAGCUUUAUAAAACACCUCACAUCUGCAAAUCAGAUGAUCCUGAUGCUGCCUGGUACAAAAAGAUGGAAACUUGCAUAACCCCGCUUCCAGAGGUAAGCAGCUCAGAUGAGGUUGCAGGUAGAUCAUUGGAAAAAUGGCCGGAUCGUGCUUUUGCUGUUCCUCCUAGAAUAAGUAGCGGGUCAAUCCUUGGCCUCACAGUUGAGAAAUUUCGAGAGAAUAAUGAGAUGUGGAAGGACAGAGUGGCGCAUUACAAACGGAUUAUUAGCCCCCUAGCUCAAGGAAGAUACAGGAACAUAAUGGACAUGAACGCAUAUCUUGGUGGAUUUGCAGCAGCCCUCACAAAAUAUCCAGUAUGGGUCAUGAAUGUGGUCCCUGCUAGUUCCAAUCAAGAUACUCUGGGUGUGAUCUAUGAGCGGGGUUUCAUUGGAACAUACCAGGAUUGGUGUGAAGCUUUCUCUACAUAUCCAAGAACCUAUGAUCUCAUCCAUGCUGAUGGAGUGUUUAGUAUCUAUCAGGACAGGUGCAACAUCUCGUACAUUUUGUUGGAGAUGGAUAGAAUUUUGAGGCCAGAAGGGACGGUGAUAUUCAGGGAUACUGUAGAGGUUCUUGUGAAGAUACAAGGCAUAGCGGAUGGAAUGAGAUGGAAGAGCCAGAUCAUGGAUCAUGAGAGUGGGCCGUUCAACCCCGAGAAAAUUCUUGUUGCUGUCAAAAGCUACUGGACUGGUGAGGCUGCGCUGAAACAACUCUGAUGCCCCUUGUAUUCACUGGGGUGGGCGGAGGGAGUGGAAUUCCCCGCGGCAGACAGCCUCCACUCCCACCCUUUCCCCUUACAACUUUCCUUCUACGCGCAUUUUGGUUUGAGUUUU